AGCGCACCCCACAGCUGCACUCUACACAAUGACCGAGGGCGAUAUCACCGUUUUCACAUUCGGACAGAUGACUAUCGAUCAGAAAGAUCCUAAAAAUAAUCCUCUCCAAAAACUGUACAGUAAGAAUGGAGGAUACCAUCUCCGGAUCCAACCUAACGGGACUGUGGACGCGAGUCGUCAAGAUAACGACGUUUACACUCUUCUGAAGGUGAAAGCAGUCAAGGCAGGAGUGGUGGCCAUCAGGGGUCAUGAGACUGAACUAUACCUGGCCAUGGACAAAUGUGGAAAAUUAUAUGGGACUGCCUUGUUGAAUGAGGAGUGUUACUUUAUUGAGAACAUAGAGGAGAAUAACUACAACACCUACCAUUCACAGAGGUACCAGGAGAACGGAGACUGGUAUGUUGGGGUCAAGAAGAACGGGCGAAUGAAGAAUGGCUCCAAAACACACAAAGGCCAAAAUGCAAUCUACUUCCUGCCAAUGCCAGUGGAUGGCAGCAUACAAUAAUGUUUUAGCUGUAUCAUACACUACAUGAUACAAUAUUAGGAGAAAACUAUGCUUUGAUGCCAUAAUAUACUCUGGUUAUGUCAAAUGCCUAUAUUUAAAAUAGGUCUAUAUUUUAUUUAUUUUUAUGUAUUUAUUUUCUGUGUUUUGCCUAUGUAUGAAUAAAGAGAAAGACUGUAUUCAUAUCACAUGAACCUUUAAUACAGAACUGCCUUAAGAAAUGUAAUGUCUAAUCUUCUCUUAUGUAAAUAUACUGUAUACUGUAUAACACAGUUUGCCCAAAUAACUAUUUAUGAUUUUCGUGAGAAUUGAAAUAUAUCUAUUGUGGCCUGUGGCUUCACU